AUGGUAUUUUCUUUCACUGUUUUGCAGAAAACUGAAUGGCUGUGUUUGAACUGCCAAACUCAGAGGCUGCUAGAAGGAAGCCUAGGAGACCCUGCUCCAAUGCCACUACCUACUCCAAAGCAGCAGCCAACAGGAUCCCCCCGACACCAACCAGGGGGAGCCGGUCAGCAUAGAGGAGGCCCUCCGCCUGUAACAGCUCAAAAGUCAGAAACGUCCAGUCCCCAGGACAGGCACCUCGUCCAAGGAAAGCAUCUCAGGACUUCAGAGCAGAGCAAGCUACAGGCCAUGGUGCAAGAGAGCAAGCCCCCUGCCCCCUCAGAAGAAAAGCCACAGACAAAACUUCCUGCUGAGGCUCCAAAAGUUCCUGAAAGUGCAUUGCCAAAGGGGAAAAGCAUGGCUGUGAAGGCAGAAGCAGAGAGCAAAGCAAGCAAGGCAGUCACUGAGGCUCAGCAAGUGAGAGAGCAGGAGGAGACAAGCAAGCCUUAUCCCCAUGACCUGUCCCGCAGCCCCCAAAGCCUGAGUGACACUGGCUACUCAUCAGAUGGUAUCUCCAGCUCCCAGAGUGAGAUCACUGGCUUGGUGCAGCAGGAAGAAGAGCAGCUGAAUGGCACUGGCCUGGAAGACCAAAGCCCUGCCAGUCCUUCUGAACUUACCAAACUGGAGAGCAGUGUGCGCCCCUUGCUGGAGUCAAAGGGCAUUUCCCAAGAGCAGAGCAACAGAGGGAAAAUGUAUCAUGAGUUACGGGAAGAGCAGCGGCAGAGGCCUCGGUCCCUUUCUAUCACCCCCGAAGCCUUUGAUUCUGAUGAGGAGCUGGAAGACAUCAUGGAAGAAGAUGAAGACUCUCUGGAAUGGGAGAACCAGAGGGAUCAAAGAGAGAGUGUGGAGUCGUCUGACGACUUUGGCAGCAAGCUGCGCCAUGACUAUGUGGAGGACAGCAGCGAAGGGGGGGUCUCCCCACUGCCCAGCAGGCCGAAAGGCAGGAAGACAGAGAUGACUGAUGAGGAGUUCAUGAGGAGGCAGAUCCUGGAGAUGAGUGCCGAAGAGGACAAUCUGGAGGAGGAGGAAGAGUACAGUCACGUGAAAUACAGUGUAACAAAAAGCGGGCACAAGCCUGAUCUGGAGAAAAGUAAAGAGCCAACCUCAUCCAAGAGGCGCCUGCCUCACGUCUCCACUGGUAUGUAUGAGGAGGAGAGGAAAGAGCUGGAAGCUAUCGAGGGGGAGGAUGUGACCACAUCCCAGGGGGGACUGCGGCGCUUCAAAACCAUUGAGUUAAAUAGCACAAGCAACUACAGCAGGGACAUGGAGCUUAGCCAGGAUGCAGACAUUAGCCUGGACAGAGAGCCAGAGCUGGAGAUGGAAAGUCUGACGGGCUCCCCAGAGGAACGGUCAAGGGGGGACUAUUCCUCCACCUUGCCAGCAACUACACCCAGCUACACAUCGGGCACCUCCCCUACAUCCCUCUCGUCUCUGGAGGAGGACAGCGACAGCAGUCCUAGCCGGCGGCAGCGACUGGAAGAGGUGAAGCAGCAGCGCAAAGCUCGGCAUCGCUCCCAUGGUCCUUUGCUGCCAACCAUAGAGGAUUCAUCAGAGGAGGAGGAACUGCGUGAGGAAGAGGAGCUCUUGCGGGAGCAGGAGAAGAUGCGAGAGGUGGAGCAGCAGCGCAUCCGAAGCACCGCACGCAAAACUAAACGGGACAAAGAAGAGCUGAGGGCGCAGAGGAGGAGAGAGAGAUCCAAAACCCCACCCAGUAACCUGUCUCCCAUUGAAGAUGCUUCGCCCACUGAGGAGUUGCGCCAGGCAGCAGAGAUGGAAGAGCUGCACAGGUCCUCCUGCUCAGAGUACUCGCCCUCCAUCGAUUCAGAGGCAGAGGGCUUUGAUGUCAUAGCCUCCAAGCUCUACAAGUCUGGCAGUGAGUACAACCUGCCAACAUUCAUGUCCCUCUACUCCCCAACAGAAAAAACAAACAGCAGCUCCCAUUACCACUCCAGUAAGCCCCUGAAAAGUGCAGAAGAAGCCUAUGAAGAGAUGAUGAGGAAGGCUGAACUGUUCCAAAAGCAACAAGUCCAACAGUCCCAGCAAAGCGCCUACAGCAAUGCCUACCAACAGGUAGGGUACCACAGUGCAGAAGGCCAGAGCAGUUUUGAAUACCAGUACAUAGAUGAGUACAGCUACGAUAAUGGGCAUCUGGACUCCUGUCCAUCUGACUUCCAGCAUGAACCUUCAGAGCCAGGAGCAGUGUAUGAGGAAAUCUUGCAGACAUCACAGAGCAUUUCUAGGAUGCACCAUUCCUCCUCGUUUGAUCUGGCCCUAGAAGAGGAGAAAAAGAAGAAAGGGAGAGAAGAAACAUAUCAGGAAAAGCAGUUUCUGAAUGCUGAGAGCGCUUAUGCUGAUAUGAUGAAGCAAAACAGCGGUCCACUCACACCAGGAACAAGCCCCACCCAGUUAUCGGCUCCUGUCUCGUUUUCCUCCUCCGAAGGCAGCACAGGCAGGGUAAUUCCUGAUGUUCGAGUCACUCAGCAUUUUGCAAAAGAGGGGCAUGAUCACCCAAAGCUUCACAGCUCACCGACAGCACCCAGCUCAGCUCCCAAGGUUAUGACAGCUCCCUAUACUUACAGCAGAGGUUCCAGCACAGUCACAACUGUUGUUUCCAGCCCAGCAAGUGCUCCACGAAUCUACAGUUCUCCAUCUCUGAGUGGCUCAGAUGUAACACCUGUAUCGGCCCCUAGCAGAAGCUACAGUCAGAUGAAGGGCACCAUGAAUUAUAGCUCUCAGACAGAGGACGGCUCCAGGAGCCAGAGUGCUGCUGAGCUCAGUGGAGCAUUAUCAAGAGAGAAGCUCCAAAGUAAGAGUGAGAUCAAGACCAAUGUCCCUGUGUCAUCUAAAAUGUGUUCCUACUUCCAAAGCUCCAGCCCCCCGCUUUCCCCGAUGUCUCCUCAAAGUUCCGCUCAUUCUGCUCCAAAAGCAGGGCAGCCAUCCAGUAAGGCAACUGCAGAGUUUUCCACUCAAACGCAAAGCACAGUUUUCUCCUAUGAUAUCCCCACUACCACUAGUGCAUCAACGUCCUCUCCAAUGGUUGCUCAAGAGACCCAGACACCCCAUCAUGCGAGCUCUCCUCGCUUUGCUAGGCAGCAGUCAUCACAAGAAGCUCCAUUUAUGGUCAUCACAUUAGCAUCAGAUGCAUCUAGCCAAACCAAGCUAACAAGCAUGUGCUCCUCCACCUCCCCAGCCUCCUCUCCCACCCGACUGAGCCGCCAGCAGACAAUGCAUAGCUACAGUCAGACAGCAGUCAGCACAGCACAGCUUCAGCAGGAGCAGCUGCAGUCCACUUAUGCUAAGACACAGUCAAUGAUAGAAAGAGCCUCUGCUGCCAGCGCCAUGCUUCAGAAAGGGCAUGCCACUUCUGCUGCUGACAGCACUGCUGGUGUGUACAGCUGGGGGCCCCUGCCUGCAGAAAACAUCUCCUUGUGUAGAAUAUCAUCAAUCCCUGGCACGUCCAGGGUAGAACCUGGACCCAAGCCACCAACCACUAAUGCUGUGGACUUACGGACUGCUAUAAAGUCAGCCCCAAUCAUCAUAACAGACCAAGGCAUGGAUCUCACUUCCCUAGCUACGGAGAGCAGAAAAUAUUGCCUCACUCUGGAACAGACCCCAAGUAGGCAAUCCACAACCGUCCAACCCUUAAUCAUUAACCUCAAUGCUCAAGAACAACCCCAUGCUAUUAUAGGCACAACCACUACAGUCAGCAUAACUGUUGCCUCUUCCAUGCUCGUGUCACAACCCAAGCAGCCUGUGGUCUAUGGAGAUCCUUUCCAGAACAGGAUGGACUUUGGGCAAGGGGCAGGAAGUCCAGUCUGUCUGACUCAUGUUAAGCAGGUAGAGCAAGCAGUUCAGACUGGCACCUUCCGAGGGACCAUGAGCAGCAUUGACAUUUCUGCACCAAGCGCAAAGCCAGAAGCGGCUAGUCCUCAGCAAACCAAAUUUGCAAGAUAUAAUUUGCCUAACCAGAUGAUGUCCUUGGUGAAGAAAGAUGUGCUAAUCACUCAGACUAGCAGUGUCCAGAGCGCUGUUAGUAUCAGCACCAGUCCAAGGCCAGUUCUUCAGGACCAAAGCACAGACCUCUAUAGAGGGGUGCCAGUGGGACUGAAAACCCAGAGUCCUUCAAUCAACCUGGGAGGCAAAAAGUCCCAAGCCAUGAUGGUGCAGAUGAAUGAGAUAGCAGCAGGCCCAGUAACAAAGCUGAUCAAAGAACCACCACCAGCCAGUGCAUUGGAUCUCACUGGAAUAAAGCCUGAAAGCCAGGUGGCAUGCUGUGAUGUAGUGUACAAAUUCCCCUUCAGCAGCAGCUGCACAGGUACCUUCAACCCCUCCCCCAAGAUCCCAGAGAAGAACGUUGGGGAUGCUGCUCAAACUGGCAAACCAAGCAUUCAGUACUAUGGAAACAGAGAGCCAGACCUGCCGGAGACGUAUCCCUACAGAGAGCAAACAGGCCCAGCUCCCAGCCUGUACGAGGAGCACCGGUUCUACCCACAAGGCCUGUUUGGGAGACUGUAUUCAUCCAUGUCAGAUACAAAUCUGUCGGAAAUUGGUCUGAACUAUUACCCCCCAAAGGGGGAGCAGCCCUUCCACUCCCCUGCAGGAGACUCUGCUGUGGAUUUGACCACAAUGAAACAUUCCUACAGCAUCAACUUCACUGAGGGGGGCUACCUGGGUCAGGGAAUGCAGUACGGCUCGUUCUCUGACCUCCGGCAGCCCACAGACUUGUUAAGCCACCCUCUCCCAAUGAGGCGGUACAGCUCAGCCUCCAAUAUCUACUCCGAUUACAAGUACUCACCUAGAGGAGACCUGGCAAAUUUCCAGGAAUCCAGUCUGGCCCAGUACAGUGCCACCACAGCUCGUGAAAUCAGCCGCAUGUGCGCAGCACUCAAUUCCAUGGACCAGUAUGGGGCUAGGCACUCAAACAGCCUUGACUUCCUGCAGUAUGGGCCAGCAGGGGGCAGUGGUGUCUCAGCACCACAAGGCAUUUCUGCCAUCAAACCAAACAUGAUGUACAAUCCCAACUUCCCGGAGACACGCCAGGGCUUUGGGAACCUAGCACAGUACAGUCUCUCUGGUGCCCGGCUGGGAGCUGUAAGGCAGAUCUUCCCUUCCACAGCCACGGUGCGGGCUGCAGAUGGCAUGAUUUAUUCCACAAUAAAUACUCCCAUAGCAUCCACCCUUCCUAUCACCACCCAGCCAGCUUCUGUGCUGCGGCCAAUGCUCCGAGGUUUAUAUCGACCCUACACCCCAGGCAAUAUCACAGCGGUCCCUCUGGCCAGCCUGACCAGAGUGCCUCUAGUUACCCCGAGGGUUCCCCUUGCUGCCCAAGGCCUGUAUCGUUAUUCAGCUCCUAGCAGGUUCCCAUCUGUUUCUACAACAUCAGUGAUGGAAAUGCCCAUGUACUUGGGGAAGCCUGUUAGCACCACUGCAGCCAGCACUGCUGCAAGCAAUGUUAGCCCAGUGUCUGCUGCCAAAGCAUCAGCUCCUACUGCAGUGAACCUGCAAAGACCUGAGCAGACAGGAGCUGGUGUUCGAGAGGAGGUGCCCGUGGCAGCUGCUGGCAUGCAGAGUGCCUCGAAAGAGACUAGUCAGCCUCAGCAGCAGCCACCCCCCCCAGUCCAAACCCAGCAGGCCGAGGUAUCCCAGGCCAGCGUCCCCAGCAAAGGCAGCACAGAGCGAGAGGAGAAGGAGAAGGAAGAGGAGCGCCAGAGAAAGCAGCAGGAGCACAUCCUCCAGAUUGAGAGGGAGAGAGUGGAGCUGGAGAAACUGAGGCAGCUGAGGCUGCACGAGGAGCUGGAGAGGGAGCGUGUGGAGCUUCAGCGGCACAGAGAGAAGGAGCAGAUGCUGGUGCACAGGGAGAUCCAGGAGCUGCAGUCCAUAAAGCACCAGGUCCUGCAGCAGCAGCAAGAAGAGCGCCAGGCCCAGUUUGCCCUGCAGAGAGAGCAGCUGGCACAGCAACGCCUGCAGCUGGAGCAGAUUCAGCAGCUGCAGCAACAGCUGCAACAGCAGCUAGAGGAGCAGAAGAGGCAGAAAAGCACCUUCCCCCCUGUGUGUGACCCCACAGGAAGGAUCCCUCCCCAGGCCGUGUCCGAGAUAGCCAUGGAAAUGCAAAGGACCCUGGCCCAAAAUGGACAGUACUGGCCCCCCCUGAACCAGCCCUUCAUGGCUCCUGCAGCCCCAGGGCAGGAAGGGCCAGCACCGUCCCGCUACCCCGGGCUCCAGCGCCCACUCACCAACUCUGCCUCUGAAAUGUCCCUGCAGCCCGAGGAGCAGUGGGAAACUAGCCGGGGGAUAAAGAAGAGGAACUCCAUGCCACGCCUGCGGGACGCCUAUGACAAAGAGACCCCCCACGAGCCCUACGUGGUGAAGAAGAUCACGGACAGCAGCGUGCAGACUGAUGAGGAGGACAGUGAGGAGCGCUACUUCCUGUCCCGGCGCCGCCGCUCCCGGCGCAGCACCGACUGCAGUGUGCAGACUGACGAGGAGGACAAUGCUGAGUGGGAGCAGCCGGUGCGUCGUCGGCGAUCCCGUUUCUCCCGGCACUCAGACUCCAGUGCUGAGAGCAAGCAAGACUCCUCCUCCAAAGGCAUGGCCAGCAUAGGCAUCCAGACCAGCAGUGACUGCUCUGUACAGACUGAGCCUGACCAGCUGCCCCGCGUGUCGCCCUCCAUCCACAUUACCACCCCUGACCCCAAGGUGGAGAUCGUGAAGUAUAUCUCUGCGCCAGAGAAGACCCAGCGAGGGGAGAGCCUGGCCUGCCAGACUGAGCUGGAAGCACAGCUGCAGCCAGGUGUCAUGGUCCCCCAGCUCACUGUGCCUACAACCAUAAUGCCCUACUCCUCCAACCUCCAGCUGGUAAGCACAGGCCCCCUGGACCCACGUGCCAUCCGGCAGCAGACCCUUGGCAAGUUUGAGAAGAAGAAGCCCGAUCCUCUGGAAAUCGGGUACCAGUCCCAUUUGCCCACAGAGUCCCUUUCUCAGCUAGUGACUUGCCAACCCCCCAAAUCUCCCCAGGUACUCUACUCCCCUGUCUCUCCUCUUUCGCCCCAUCGGCUGUUGGAGUCCUCCUUCACUACCACUGAAAGACUUAACAAGGCCCACGUGACACCACAGAAGCACUUUACAGCUGAAUCUAUCCAGCGCCAGCAGACCCUGCCUCGCCCCAUCAAAACCAUGCAGAGAUCCUUCUCUGACCCCAAGCCCACCAGCCCAACCUCAGAGGAGUCUGGGAAGGACAGGUUCUCCAUAUACCAGCACUCUUUACUCCAAGGCAGCCAGAUCUCUGCUUUGCAGUCAAACACUCUGAUGCGGAAGGUGAAGCGGACACUGCCCAGCCCCCCUCCGGAGGAAGCUCACCUGCCCCUGGCCAGCCAAGCCCACUCCCAGCUGUACUUGCCCAGUUUCAUGCAGAAGGGGGUAGGAGAGCAGGCCACUCAGGUAACCAAAGCCAGCCUUCUCAGAGACAUCGACCGUGACCUGAAGCUGGUGGAGCAUGAGUCCACGAAGCUGCGGAAGAAGCAAGCAGAGCUGGAUGAGGAAGAGAAGGAGAUCGAUGCCAAGCUGAAGUACUUGGAGCUGGGCAUUACUCAGAGGAAGGAGUCUCUUCUGAAGGAGAGGGGAGGGAGGGAUUACCCUUACCUGAGAUGCCUAGGUGAGAACCGGGACUACAUGUCUGAUAGUGAGCUGAACAAUUUACGCCUCUCCAGCUAUGAGGGCAGCAGUCUGCUCAGCAGGCCCAGCAUUGCCCCCACUAACCAUUAUGCUGACUUCUCCAGCACGCAGUACACAUCAGCCUCCUCCUACGCCCCCUACCCAUACCCAGCAGCCCUACCAGGCCCUGCCGCCUUCCAGCAAACACGGUUCCAGCCCCCCCAUUACCCUGUGGUCAGCAGUGGCACAUCUCAGAAUGGCUUCCAGGCUGGUCAGCUCCCCGCCUUCCCCUCCCAAGGUACAUAUCAGACACACAGCUUCCCUCCCAGCACUGGUUACCAGCCCCAGCUGGGCUUGCAGAGCCAUCAAGGCUUUCGGCCACCUCAUCACUACCAAGCUCAGACCACAUAUCCCAAUCAGCCGCCCUCACAGCCGGCACAGAGUGCCCUCUUCCAAACACAGGCAGAUGUGCACGCCAUGCACCAGAAGCCACGGCAGACAUCACUAGCAGACUUGGAACAAAAGAUCCCCACCAAUUAUGAAGUGAUUGGAAAUCCCACCGUGGUGAUCUCCUCAGCAGCCCCAGAAGUUACUUACAGCCCCACGACAGUGACCGGCAGCUAUGCCCAGCACAAGGCCCCAGAGGCCAGUCCAGCUGACCAGAGCAAUGCCGUGCAAAGCCCCUCAGCCAGUUACUCUUCAGAUUCUCUGUACGCAAACCUGGAGCAGAACAUUCCCCGCAACUAUGUGAUGAUCGAGGACAUCAGUGAGCUGACCAAAGAGAGCACUGCGGCAGACAGCCACAAGGGGGAGAUGCAGGUGCAGAGCAGCACUGGCCGCCAGAUCAAAGAGAAGAGUGAGCUGGUGGAGACGGAAGGCUCCAGCAGAACUUGCUGCUACUCCAAAGCAGAGGAGGAGUCAGAGGAGGAUAUGUAUGAUCAGCAUGGUGCUGACCAUCGGGGGAAGAACAGCUACCACAGGGGCAUGGAGAGCAAUGGCAGGAUGUCAGGCAGCUCCAGUGGCCCCUGCUCCUAUUACGGGGACGAUUAUCGGCACUCCACACGCUCAGACAAGCAUGGCUCUGGACUGGGGAUGCAGAAGCAUUCCUCCAAAAACCUGGCUCCUGCUGUCAUCUCGUCCAAACGCAGUAAACACAGGAAACAAGGCAUGGAGCAAAAGAUCUCCAAAUUCUCCCCCAUAGAAGAAGCCAAAGAUGUGGAGUCAGACCUGGCCUCCUACACAGUGACUACGUCUAUCAGCAGCAGCAAUGUGGCAUCCAGGGCAAAGAAGCUUCAGGACGAGAUCACCUAUGGCCUCAAGAAGAAUGUGUAUGAGCAGCAGAAAUACUAUGGCAUGUCCAGCAGGGAUAUGACGGAAGAGGAUGAUCGAGCAUACAGCACUGGAAGCAGAUCUAGAUCGUCUGGUUAUGGGACAGAAAAAACAUCAAGCCGCGAUGCCAACAGCAGAAGCAAGUCCUAUGAGAGAGAGUGCAUGGAGAAGCCUCAGAAAGGAAGCUCCAAACCAUCUUCCCUUAGUAUGAGUCAGAGUCGUGGGCGGCCUUCGAUUCGUACACAGACAUCGGAAGAGGAAAGUCCCAUCAGCCCUUUAGGAAAGUCUGUGGGUGUGUCCCGCUCCUCAGGUGGACCUCUCCCUCAGUCCUCUGGGGACAGCUGUUCCCAGUUCUGCUCCAGCCACUCGUUGCCUGAUGUGCAAGAACAUAUCAAAGAUGUGCCAAGGAACCACUCUUACAAGCAUGAAGAAGGUUACAUCAUGGAUGAUUCACAUUGUGUUGUUUCAGACAGUGAAGCCUAUCAUUUGGGUCAGGAGGAGACAGACUGGUUUGAUAAGCCCAGGGAAGCUCGCUCAGAGCGGGUAAGGCACUACACUGGCCACUUCUCCUCCCAGAAGAGACCUCCCAUCAAACACACCUUUCAUGAUUACGAUGAGCCUCCAGAUGAAGACCUGUGGCAGCACGAUGACUAUUCUCAGGCACGUCACUCUUCUUCCAAAGACCACCGGCACCAUGGAGAGUAUGGAAGGCACUCAGCCUCUUCCCGCCACCCGAGUGAUGAACAGGCCAAGAGGACAUCCAAGCAGCAUGCCCGAGACCAGGGCCGUCAUGAAGCCCGCACACACAUGCAGCCAUCUGCCCAGAAGAAGGCUCAGCAGUCAGACAUGAGAGCCCAGACAGCUUUCCCCUCCAGCUCAGCAGAGUACUCGCAGCAGUCCCAGCAGCCGUCCAGCUACCACCAUACCUCAGAGUCCCAGAAAUCCCAACGGCAAGCGGAGCAUGGGCCACUGCCCCAACAGCCGAAAGGAGAGCCCUUGCUGCACCAUUCUCAGCAGCAGCCGCAAACAAGACAGCAGCAAUCCGGGCAACAGCAGCUGCCAUCCAGGCAGCAGCAGCCAUCAGCCAGGCAGUCUCCACAACAACAAGCAGGCCCUUUGCAGCAACCUCCUCAGCCACAGAAGGAGCAGCAGCAGCAGCAAGCUAGGCUGCAGCAGCAGCCAGGGGCUCAAGGACUACCCUCUUCUCGGCCACCGCAACAACAACCCAUCCAAUCCCAGCAUGUCGGGAAGCCCCAGUCAACCCUCCCUGCACAGCCAGGCAGUCACCAAAUAGGGCUACCAAAAGCGGAUCAGGUGGAUAUGCCCAAACCCACCACAAAAGUGCCACCACCGCACAGGAGAGCGCCCCAAGCACAGCCACUGGGAACGACUGCAGCAGGUAUUAAAGUGGGUCAGAAGCCAGCAGGGGCUCCCCCACCCACUGGGGCAGCAGCUGGACAGCCUGGGGUGGAUGGAGAGAGCAUGUUCUCCAAAAUCCUGCCAGGAGGAGCUGCAGAACAAGCAGGCAAACUGACAGAAGGUGCCUCGGGGAGAGCCACCAAAGAGACAGGUGCAGUAUCUGCAGGGCAUUUCGCCCCAGGACUCUCAAAAGAUAGAGAGCAGAGACUUAAAGUCCUCCUAAUGGAAGCGGCCCUGCGGCCACAAUCGGAUCCUGGGCCUGCCGAUCCGGCACCCAGCACUUCAUCCUCGGUGCGCAGUGCCCCGGCACCGGCGAUAAGUCGUGAGGCCAAAGCCUCCAAACCCCGGCACCGGAGAGAGCUGGCGCACAAGAAAUCGGCCUCGCCUGAGUACCGUGUGCCGCAGGCCCUGGUAGAGGUAGAGGGUAUAGAAGAAGGCCCUCUUCAGAUGAUCUCCUUCUCUUCCUCGCCGGAUGAGGCAGUGGCGGGAACGUCAGCAGCGGGAACGUCAGCGGCACCGGCUCUAGAGGUCAAUAGGAUCCUCCAACAGCUGCUUACUCGAGCAGCCCAGAGCCUCUCAAUCCAAACGGAGGAGAUUGAGGUGGAUACUGAUCCAGUGGUGGACAUCCUGACCCCAUCGGGCCCAUCCAGGGUGGCCCUGCCUCUCAUAAAGACCAUUGCGGACACAACCUGCACUUUGUGGCAGACGCCAGCCUCAUUGGCCCCCACGGCUGAAAGGACUGAGAGGCGAUAUUUUGUUCCAUCCAAGGGCUAUGAACAUCUUUAUACACACCCUCCCCCGAACUCCCUAGUAGUAGUAGAUGUAGUAGUAGUAGAUGCAGCCAACCAGAGGGAACGCCAAAGGUUCCAGGGAGCUACGCCAAAAAAUAGAGAGGCCAAGAGAUUGGACCUGUUCGGGCGAAAGGUGUAUUCGACAGGGGGUCUGCAGUUGCGCAUAGCCAAUCAGCAGGCCAUAGAAGUGCAGUCCCUCCUCGCAGCAGGGGCAGUAGAGGAGGUUCCUCAGGAGCUCAGGGGCAGGGGCUUCUAUUCCCAUUAUUUCCUAAUACCGAAAGUGAAAGGGGGCCUCGGACCUAUUUUGGACUUGCGGCGUCUCAACAAGUUUGUAAAGAAGCUCAAGUUCCGCAUGGUCUCCCUGUCCUCCAUCAUACCUUCCAUGGAUCCAGGAGACUGGUAUGUCGCCCUCGACUUAAAGGACGCAUACUUUCACAUUGCAAUAAUCCCUCAGCACAGGCGUUACCUCAGAUUUGUCGUGGGCAACGCCCAUCUACAGUUUACCGUUCUUCCUUUUGGACUGUCAGCAGCCCCAAGGAUCUUCACGAAGUGCAUGGCAGUCAUGGCAGCCUUCCUGCGCAAGCAGGGUAUUCAGGUGUUUCCCUACCUGGACGAUUGGCUCACCAAGGGCCGUGCCAAGGCACAGGUGGAGGCUCAGGUGGUCUUCAUCAGGCAGACCUUCCUCGAGCUCGGCCUCUUACUGAAUGAGGCCAAGUCCACACUUUCUCCAACCCAAAGAAUCGAAUUUAUAGGGGCAGUUCUGGACUCGACACACGCCAGAGCAUACCUCUCAGAGGCCAGGUUCCAGACUAUAUCCAACAUUAUUCUCGGCCUCCAACGUUACCCGACCACCACAGCAAGAAAUUGCCUCAAGUUGCUAGGGCACAUGGCGGCAUACGGGUUAUUUUACGCCUUUCCCCCCGAUUCCUAUGGUUCACAGAGUAAUCCUCAAGGCCCGCAGAGAUCACGCUCGUGUCAUCCUGAUAGCGCCGGCGUGGCCGCGCCAGCACUGGUACACGUCGCUCCUGCAUAUGUCUACACGGGUCACGUUCUUGGUGGCUAUCACAUCAGCCCGGAGGGUGUUGGAACUCAGAGCACUGACAUCUGA